GUGUCAAAAUUAUUUCUACGUCGUUUCGUUUAGUUCGUUCGUACUUUUGCGAAAAAAAUAAAUUAAAAUAUUUAUUUAACCAGUAAAAUGUAACAAAAUCAAUUAAUAAUACAGCCAUGCGAAAAUAAAUUGCGAUUUUUUGUAUAAGUGAGGUGUUGGAAAACGAAAAUAAGAAACGGAAAUAUCUCUCUGGCAAGAAAACAAAUCCAAUUAGAAAGUGCCCCCAUCAGAAAAAAAAAACAAGAGAAUAUGACAAAAUAAAAGUGUUAUGUGCAGAAUCGUGAAAAAAGCGAAAUAAAAGGAAAAUUCCUUAACCAAAUCGUUUAAUGGAUAACCUGGAGUCUUGUUUUCCAAACAUUGCAGUUGUUAAAGGCAGUUAGUUAUUUGGCAAAACAUUGCUUAAUAUUUCUUUUUUUGGCUUAAUUAAGCCCCACAACUUUCGUCGCACAAAAGAUUGCCAUGGCCACCUCACCCCGUUCUGCCGAUACAAUAUCGCUUUGUUCCACAGUAUCGAGUUGUCCGGAUCGCAAUGGUUUCUAUGGUGGAUUUCAACGCACAGACAAGCCCAAAGAGCCCCUAUCGAAAGCACAAAUUAUAGCACGCGAAAAGAAAUGGCUCUACAUGUUGGACAACUGGUCGCUGUAUAUGUCGAAAAACUACAAAAAAAUAAGAGAUCGCUGUCGCAAAGGCAUACCCAAAUCGAUACGACCCCGUGCCUGGUUCUUUUUAUCCGGUGCCUAUUUACUGAAAAAGAAACAUCCCAAUUUAUAUGCGGAACUUUUGGAAAAGCCCGGCAAUCCUCAUGUCAUCGAAGAAAUCAAAAAGGAUAAACAUCGACAAUUUCCAUUUCAUGAAAUGUUCUUGGACGAGGACAAAGUCGGACAAAUCGAAUUGUUCAAUGUGCUGAAGGCCUAUUCCAUAUAUAAUCCAAAAGUUGGUUUCUGUCAAGCCCAGGCGCCGAUUGCAGCUUUCCUCCUUAUGCACUUGCCGGCGGAAGAUGCAUUUUGGGUCUUUGUUAGCGUAUGUGAUGUAUAUUUAGAAGAUUACUUUAUUACCGGUCUGGAAGUUCUGCAAAAUGAUGCCGGCAUUUUGGAGGGCCUUCUAAAGAAAACCUGUCCGCCCGUCUAUCGUCAUCUGCAAAAGCAUCGCGUUGAACCUUUGCUGUACAUGACCGAUUGGUUUCUGUGUGCCAUGACGAGAACUUUGCCCUGGGAAACGUUGCUGCGCGUUUGGGAUUGUUUUCUAGCCGAAGGGAUACGUGUCAUAUUCAAAGUGGCCCUAGUGAUAUUAGGUGCUUCCCUCAAUAGCCAUAAGGUGCGCAAGCAAUGUAAUGGUUUGUGUGAAACGCUUGAGGUGCUACGAAGUCCGCCCGACAAUGUGCUCGAUGAAGAUUUCAUAAUUAAUCAUAUGCAACGUUUAAAUUUACGCGUUGAAGAUUUUCAAAUUGAACAUACGCGACAGAAGGCACGACGGGCCAAACAGAAAGCUUUGCAAGAGGCCCAAGCAGCAGCGGCAGCGCCCAGGGCGGCAACAUCGUCUUCCACAGGAGCAGUAGCAAGUUAUGUGCCGGUUGCCAGUACAACACCGACCACCACAAUGACCCGAAGUGCUUCGAAUAGCCAAAAUAAUACCUUUAGCCGACCCAGUCGUACCACUAGUCCAACAAAUAUAACCAGUGGCAGUGUUACUGUGGUGAAUAUUGGCGGCAGCGAUGAUAAUAGUAUUAGCAGUAGUACAGCAACAGCUGGAGCGACGGCGGCAAUGGCAUAUGAAUACAGCAAUGGUGGUGUUGCCACCAGCAGCAAUGGUGCCGGAGCAAUGGGAGGGGGUGCCCAUGUUAUUGUAGCAACUACAACUACAAGCACAACAACAAAAUUUGAUGGAGUUUAUGGAGCUAAUGGCAAUACGAACAGUAAUGGCAAUGGUAGUGUUAGUGUCACAACUAACAGCUAUCAUACAUAAUUUUAAUGUGAAAAUUGAGGAAAAUGAAAACGACAACAAAAACAAAAAACGCUGAGCGUUUAAAAACACCCUACACACAAACAAGUGAAACCUAUUUUCUUUUUCUAAGCAGAGUUUAUACACAAUUUCCUCCCUAAAUUAUUUAUGGCUUUUUCCAAGUUUUAUUUCCGUAAACGAACACUCAAAGAACCCUAUUUCAAUAUUAGCUAUUUGUAAUUUUGUAAUACUAUUUUUGAAAAAAUAUUCAAUGCUUGUAUACACCGUACAUACAUUCUAUGAACUAUGAAAUUGCCAAGGGAACAGAAGGAAAAUUGUUAUAUAAAUAUUUUUUUUUUGAAAUAUUAAGGUACUGUUUCUCUAUGGCGAUGCGAAAGGGAACUCGAGAGAAAAACUCUAAUUCCACUGGGUCUCAAAUCUUUUUUAAAGGUGGAAAAUUAAAAAAAAUUAAACUUUUGGAUUUCAAAUAACAAUUAUAUUUUUUUAACAGCAAACUUAGAUGAGGGCACAUAAGCAGCUUGGAAUCAUGGCUAGGCAUAUUGACAUUAAUAUGUCAAAUUAUAAAGGGAAACGACGGCAAAAUUCAAAUACGGCUCUGGCAUCCCUUUAUAUGUCACAAAAUAUGCCAUGCGAAGACUUAAAGAUGUUUAUGAAUUGAAGGUGAGAACACAUAAAACGCUUCUUUGACUGACUUAAGUCUUCGGCUGGCUUCUAGAGAAAAGAACAAGGGAGCGUAAGGCCCCUUGAACUAAGUCAACCUAAGACUUCUUUGUUCCUCUACGAAGAAGCCAGCCAAUGACUUAAGCCAGUCAAAAAAGCGUUUUUUGUAUUGUCACCUUUACAUCUAUAAGGUGCAGCUGCACAAAGUGUUUUUUUACUAGCUGAAUUCAUCGGCUGGCCUCUUCAUAAAAGGACAAAGAAUCAUGGGCCAAAUAAUUAUAAAUUAUGGGCCGAAAUUGAGCUAUGACAACAUAAAACUCCUCCCUUCGAAGAAGCCAACCUAUGACGGAAGCCAGUGAUAAACUUGUUCUAUGUACUCUCUCCUUUAAUUGUAAGAUGGGCUUACUGCCCAACCUUGAGGUUUUUAUACUACCAUAGAAGACCUUGAGGUCUUCUAGACGUCAUAUAAUACCUUGAGGUCUUCCACAUGCCUUAGAAGAUCUUAAGGUCUACCAUAGAAGAUCCUAAGGUCUUUUAUACUACCAUAGAAGAUUCUAAGGUCUUCUAUAUACUAUACGUCUAGACGCCUUUGUUGACCUUCAGGUCUUCUAGACGCCUUGGAAGACCCUCAGUUCUUCUAGACGCCUUGGAAGACCUUGAGGUCUUCUAUACGCCAUAGAAGACCUGAAGGUCUUCUAUUGUCUAUAGAAUACCUUGAGAUCUUCUAUUGUCUGUAGAGGACCUUGAGGUCUUCUCGACGCCAUAGAAGACCUGGAGAUCUUCUAUAUGCCAUAGAAGACCUGGAGGUCUUCUAUUCACCAUAGAAGACCUUGAGGUCUUCCAUAUGCCAUAGAUGUCCUUGAGGUUUAUAUACCAUAGAAGAUUUUAAGGUCUUAUAUAUACUACAGAAGACCCUAAGGUCUUCUAUAUGCCACAAAAGGACCUUGAGGACUUCUAUUCACCAUAGAAGACCUUGAGGUCUUCUUUUCACCAAUUUCUAUAUAAGGCCGGCCUGUAAGCCCAUCUGAGAAACUAAAUUUGCUUUCAAAAAAUAUAAUUGUGAUUUGAAAUUCAGUGUCGGUCAAAUCACAAUAUUCUAAAAACAACUAAUUAUACCCUACAACACAAGGUGGUCAGCGUAUUGUCUUGUGCAUUUGUUUGUAACAGGCAAAAGGAAACGAGACAGACCCAUAGUUUCUUUUGAGGAUCUUCAAAGAAUCACUUUGUGAACAAAGUACAGGUCGCAUUUAUUGCCCGAUCCGGGUGAUAUUUUGCAGAAGUAAUUUUUUUGAGCCAAGGACGAACCUCUUUGAAAUUGGAGAUAAUCUCUUAAAAUUUAGAUAUAGCAAAUUGAAAGGCACAAAUGCCCCGGCAAAUUUUGUAGAAAUCGAUUCAUAAGAGGAUAUUCCUCUUAUAUAUUAGUUCCUUUGGACUUUCUUUAUUAUUAAUUUUUUGUCGAAAGUAGUCUUCUUGGCCGACCUUUUGUAAGCCUUGGGCCGACAUCAAAUCAUGUAUUAAAAAAAAAAACUAGAAGGAAUGGAAGUUUUUCAUUCGAGUUCAGUUUGGCAUCAUCGCCUUAAAAUUUCUCAAAAGAAAUCUGGACACAAAUAUCGAGGAAUGGGUCCUCUUAACUUUGUUCCAAAUUUUUUUUUUUUUUUUUUUUUCAAGAAAAAAUUUUAGUUUCUGGCCUUUUUUUGGCCCUUCCGUUUUACUUCUCUUUUGGCAAUAACGUUCACCUUGUCACGACAAAUCACGGCAUGUUACAAUAACUCCAUAUAAUUUUGUUUAUUAAUUAAAAAAAAACCAUCCCUCCUCCCCAAGUUGAACUCCCUCCAAGUGUUUGAAAUGCGAAAUACAAUAACGAGAAAAUGAGAACUACAUUUUUUUGUGUUCUUCACACACAAUGGGAAAAGAAAAGAAACGAAAAGAAAAUAUACAUACUUAUACAUACAUAUACAUAACUAUAUAUGCAAUCAGCACACAGAUUUUUAUUAUUAUUAUAAUUAUAAUUAUACUUAUUACGAUAAUUCUUAGUAUAGUCUAUGCAAUAAUAAAUUAUUAAUCUUGUAUAUAAAUAUAUAAUAAAUCGAAUAAAUUUUAACAGCAAUAUGUAUUAAAAACCAACAACAAAAACACCAUGCAAACAAGUGCAAAUAACAUCAAAUGUAUUAAAAUUAUAAAAUAUAUAUACACACAUAUAUAUUACAAAUUACUAUUACUAAAAUGUUUAUUUUAUUUUUUUCUUCUUCUUUAUUGUCUCAAUCAAUUUAUUUAAUUAUUAUUUAUAUAUUGCUUAUUAUAAUUAUUAUUAAGUUUUGUUUUGUUAUAAUUUAUUACACGAAUAUACAUACAUGCAUACACACAUAUACAUAUUUAUAUCCUAAUGAAGAAAUUACAACAAACAGUGAAAUAUAAUUUCUUUUAUGGCUAACGUGUAGUACCCAAGAAUUUCUUGUUAGAGAACACCCACUAACCUAUCCUAAAAAAUUAAAAGAGUUUCGCUAUCUGUAAGCGAGGAUCAUGUAUAAGAAUUGUGGUUGGGAUUCAAGACUUAUUUAUAAGGUCGUCCAGGAGGGGAAUUCAGACCUUGGUCAUAUCUUGUUGUCAAACGGUAUUUCUUGAAGAAUCAAUCGGAGGAAACACGCACAAAUAAUUGGUUAAAAAUAAAUUUUAACUUAAGCGUUAUACAUGGGAUAUUUAUACCCUACAACACUAUGUGUUGGAGGUAUUAUAAGUUUGAUUUUGCCAAAAAUUAUGUAACGCCUCGAAAUAUUGGUUUCCCACAUAGGAAAGUAUAUAUGGAUCUUUCUAUCUCGCCGAGCUGAGUCGAUGUAGCUAUAUAUAUAUGUCAGUCCGUCCGUCUGUCCAUGUUAAUUUGUAAUCACUAUGGCCCGAUCUUCACGAAAUUUAGAAUGGAGGUGGGCUAGGGCCAGAAUAGAAGCCUAUCUCUUUUGGGGAUGAUCGCAUAAUAUUUGGGGGUUGAAAUGGACCAAAAACGGAAAAAUUUCCUGAUUUUACAGUUGCUCUACAGGUCACAAUUAUAGAGCAAUCGACGCGGAAAUUAGCAUGGAGCUAGAGCUUACGGCCGGACAGAAACCUUCCAAUUUUGAUCGUCAUCAAGUAAUAUUUAGUGGGUGAAAUAGACCAUAACAUUUGUGUUAUACAACAGUCAAAUUUUCCAUUAAACCGCGAAUACUUUUAAUACCGGCGAAAUCACAAAUAGACGAAAAGGUCAAUUCUGGCCGUUAUGUAGAUGUCGAGAGUAAAUAUAUCGGAUAUAUAUAGCGAAAUAUUUACGAUGUGUAUAUAAUAUCUGGUGUAAUAUCUGGGCAGUGCUUCGUGACAUAAUUUCAAAAGCGAAAUCUUCCAAAAUGGAUUUGGACAUAAAGGGGCUUUUAAAAUAUUGUUGUGCUGUAGGGUGUCACAUGGUCGGCCCGCACUACUAUACCUUUGUUUUGAUAUAUAAAUGAAAUAAAACAAGUAAAAAAGAAUCAGUCGGUUUUUUCCGACAGAUGUAUACCCCAGCCUUGAGUUAUGAUUAUUCAAACUGUUUACCCUUUAUGGGGGAGUUUCCGAAGCAAUUGGCCAAUAUUGAGCAAUUCGUAUCUGACUAAAAACUGAUAUAAAUAUUACAACGUGCCAGAUUUGGACUAUAUCGACUACUUCCUAUGCUAUCGGAUGUUAAUUUCGUGUUUUAUGAGCUUCAUGAAUAUUAAACAUUUUUUAACCGUUGUAGGGGAGGUACCAAAAGAAGUAGACCGAUAUAUUCCAGACCUUGGGUUAAUAACAAUAUUAUGAUGUGUGUAAUUUUAUGACAAUCGGGCACUCACGUCACAUUUUAUUAUAUUUUAUAAUUAUUCCAAAUUUUGACCCUUUGUGGGGGAGGUACUUGAUGGAGUGGACUGAUAUUGUCCAUCGCACCUAAUCUAGCACUGAUGCAAAUAUUAGGAUUAGCAAAGUUGGAACAAAAUCGGACUAUACUUUCUCUUUCUGUGCAGUUAAAUAUUUUCUUUGAAAAUGUUGACAUUUUGUGUAGGAGGAGAAGGAGUGGACGGAUUUGUCCCAAAGAAACCUAGGGUCUAACAGCGCUAUUUCGAUGAUGAGGCACGUUUUGGCCGUAUCAAAUGAUAUAUAACCUCUCUAGCCAUAUGGCUGAGGGUACACAAUUAGGGAGAAGAGAAAAAUUCCCCACGAAAUUGUCUUUCAUGAUGGAGCUGAAUAUUGUAGGGUUAACCUACUUUGAGAGGAUUUAUUUGAAGUAAAAGUAAUGGAUAUGACAAUUUAAAUCCAAAUCCAGUGGGUUAACCCUCAUAUAUAUAAACGUACUAUUAGUUGCCAUUCAUCAGAUUUUGCUUGCAAAAAAAAAACAUUAUUCCGUUAUAAAUUUAUUUAAAAUAACCAUAUUUAUUACAAUCGUAUAAUUUCCUUUCUUUCCUAAAAAGAUAUAGUCCAAUAUUGUUUUUAUUAAAACUCAAUAAAAUUAUUUUCCAUUGCAAUUGUUCAGAGUUAUCACAGAUCUUAUGUUUUGACAAAAAAAAAAAAAACAAAAACAAAACAUUGCCCCUUUAUUGUGCUCCUCUUUUUUUUUUUUUUUGCAAGGACCCAAGCUACACCUACACCCAUGUUAUUAUAACAAAAAAACA